AGGUGCGUAGCAGCAAAAUGGCAAUGAUUAUGUCAAAUGACUUUUCAGUCGCCUUUUUCUUCUUCCUGGUCGUCACUCUGCUGAGCUGCCCAGUCACUGGACGAAAUUACCGGACAGGCAACGGCUUCAUCAUGAAAGCUGAUGGCGCAGGUGAUUCUUUCCCAGGAGCGAGCAAAGUGAUGCAGGCGAUAAUAAGAAACCGCCGGGCUCUCAAGUUGGAUCGAAGAACCUGUUUCUCGGCGUCGGGCAAUCCCGGCUACUGCACGACCCUCCAUUCGUGUUACCCGAAUUUGAGCCAGUCGCAACUGAGCGUCCAGGAAACGUGGAUGAUUAUUUCACGCAACAAGUGCCAAUUCCCAGGCGAAAAUGGCACAGGACAAGUUACCGGGGUCUGUUGUAUGCAGCCACACGAUCAAAAAGUUGAUAGCAGCAGCACUCGUCCAGUCGUUGCCGACAAACCUGCUGUCGUGCCACCAAUAAAGGACGCCAAUCCCGUUACCAAUUCGUUGGUGGAAUCCCAACAACAGUAUAGUGGAGGUAUUCAACCGAACCAUUUUAUGGAUCUGUUCAGCAGGCCGAAUGCAGUUGGCAGUUCUGGGCACAAAGAUGGCGCCAGCAGCGGUGGUCAACAACCUGUCAAGCAGACGACGUUUCAAUGUGGUCGUGGACCUGCCAAGCUCAUCCGACGAGCCAUCGGCGUUAGCCAUGCUCCAGCCCAAAAGAAUUCCUGGCCAUUCCUCGCUGCCCUGAGGUAUGACGGGACUGUCAAAUGUGGAGGGGCUUUGAUCAGUUCCAACAAAAUCCUAACGGCGGCCCACUGCGUCGAACGAAUGUCUUCGUUUGACAUUUCCAAAAUGACGGUGAGCCUGGGAAUGCACACGGUUGGAAAUGGGGCGGAUUUCGGGAACGACGCCCAGGUGACGAGACGAGUUACUUACGCCACCAUUCACAACGGAUACAACGACGCCACCUUUGUCAACGACAUUGCCAUUUUGACCCUGGACUCGCCCGUAGUUUAUUCAACGGCCGUUUCUCCCGUUUGUUUGCCAGAAGCAAGUGCCGAAACGGUUCCAUCCGCCGGCCAAGAAGUGGCCAUGAUGGGGUGGGGUGAUCUCACAUACGAGAAAACUCGAUCGAAUAUUCUGCAGGAAGUGAAGGGCACCGUCGUGACAAACGCCGAAUGCAUGGACGACUAUGCCAUGGAAAUUGCAGACGAAAUGCUCUGCGUCUCUGCUCCCGUGCAAUCCGCAUGCCAAGGGGAUAGCGGAGGUCCAGUUGUCGUUCAGUCGGCGUCAGGGGCUUGGACCGUAGUCGGAGUCAACAGUUUUACUCUUGAAUGCGGUUCCCUCCCCGGCAUUAAAACCAAAGUGUCAGCCUUCAGGAAAUGGAUCGAUUUGCACUUGAAAUGAAAGGACGUCGUCGCUAAUGUUUCCUUGACAAAUCCGGCCAGUUUCAAAUCAAUAUUGUGAACACGGGACGUGCGCUUUUUUCAAUAACUGAUCCCUUCCAGUGUAUUUUCUCUAAUCAACUCAUGUCAACAACUCCAUUCUUUCACGUCAAUCUUCUUUUAUUUAAAUACCAGCAAUUACCAGUUACCAGUUUACUCCCAACUUUAUAGCCUAUUCGUCUGCUCCUUUAAUUUGUCACAUCCAGUCACAUCUCUUGUUUGUACUACUGUGCCAUCUAUCUCUAAUGGGACAUGUCCAGAAAGCUAAAACAACAAAUCAGAUAUACAAUUAUACAUGUCUACAUGUCAAA